UAUUCUCAUUUACAAGCCAAAAAUCAAGGCAAACAAUGAAUGCACAUAUGGGGCAUCAUCUCUAACUCAUGCAAAAAGACCACAAAAGUUCAGCUCUGAACAUCCGGUGCAACUUGACGUCAUUAGGUUAGGUGACACAGAGUGCGAUGAUGAUUCUGAGGUUCUAUUAUCGCGGUGGCGCCGCUGCUGGUUUGGGCUACACACACACACACACACACACACACAGGCUGUGAUUGACACAGUGAAGGGGUGGGGACGCAGGGUGGGGUCAGCAGCAGGGAGAGGCGGAGGAGAGACUCACAGCUCGAGCCCAACCCUGAAACACGGCAACAAACACACACUGAAAGACGACCGGGGCGACGGAAAGAGGGUUUAUUUCUCGACGCCGGGGAUAUGAUUUCUGUGAUCCGCCGAGGCAACGAGCGCACCUUUCUCCUCUAAUACUGAGGUGGAAAAACUGACAUCGAGCUCACUGUUAUUCAAAUAUCACCCCGCCCGAUCCGAUCGACCCCCCCUCCACUCCACCCCUUCACCGCCGCUUAGAUACAGAGAUGCACACGGAGACUCGGAACAAAAAAUGUCAGACGAGUCCGAAGAAAUCCACUGCAGCCACCUCUGAGCCUGUUGAGGAGAUGCCAUCCAUACAAAUCAAGUCGGAGCCAGAGGAGGUGGAGUGUAUGGUGAAACAAGAGCCGUUAGACGAUUGUCCCGAGCCUACAGACCUCAAAAUCAAAUCCUCGCCCCCUCCGCUCCGUGACAUAAGCACCCAACACAACGAUGAUGACCAGACGGAACCUGUGGACCUGUCCCUCAACAAGCCCCGCCUCUCCUUUCCGAUAGUCACGGCAACCUCCACCCCUGCGAACCCGCCUCCUCAGAACAUCACGGCGAGCGCCACCAUCCCGGCGGUGCUGUCUCCGGGCUCCAUCCUGGCAUCCACGCAAGGGGUUGGAGGUCAGCAGAUCCUGCAUGUCAUCCACACCAUACCCUCCGUCAACAUGCCCAGUAAAAUGGGGCAGCUGCAGACCAUCCCCGUCGUAGUGCAGUCCUUACCGGUGGUCUACACAACCGUACCCACAGACGGAGUGGCUACCGCCGCCAUCACAGUACCUCUCAUCGGAAGCGACGGCCGGUCGGAGGGAUCAGUGCGUAUAAAGCCAGGCUCAACCUCUCCAGUCGAGUAUCAGUCUGAAAGCGAUGCUGAGAGCGGCACAGAGUCUGGAUCGGCCUCUUUCAGCACACAAGGGAUGGAACCCAGUAUGAAUACAGAUGUGGACAUCCAAGUUGACCCUGACUCACCAGACAUGAAGAGAAGGCGCGUACACAUGUGCGAUUAUGACGGCUGCAACAAAGUCUACACCAAGAGCUCGCAUCUAAAAGCCCAUCGCAGAAUACACACAGGUGAAAAGCCAUACCAGUGCACAUGGGAGGGCUGUACCUGGCGCUUUGCCCGCUCGGACGAGCUGACGCGGCACUUUCGCAAGCACACCGGCAUCAAACCCUUUCGUUGCACCGACUGCGACCGCAGCUUCUCUCGCUCUGACCACCUGGCACUUCACCGACGGCGCCACGUCAUGAUGUGAAACUCUUUGUGCCCCUCCCUCCCCAGCCCUCACCUCCCUGCCUGCUCCUCAGGAGACGUGCACGCCCAUCCGGGGGUUCCAAAUGCUGUUGACGUCACCUCCCCAGUCUCCAGAUGUGAACAUAUGUGUUAAAUAUGGAGGUAUAAGGGGUGGCACGACCAUAUUGGUGACCCCUACUGCUCAGAACAUGGCUGCAGUUUUUUGCCAUGCUUCCAGAAGCCACAAACCACCCGUCCACUGAUGACCUCCACCGCCAUCUCAAUGCCUGAUCAUUAGCCGUUACUUGAAGGGACUACAAGAAAGGCAUACUGCACGCAGCACUGCUAUAACUAUAACCGAGAAUGAUGACUGGGGUACCCCUUAUUGUGAUGAUUCUUUUAAAACAAGUACAGAAAAACAUGAGAAAGUAGAGGAUUUUAUGCAAGAUGGAUGCAAGAUGGUGAGGAGAAGGUAGAAUUAUGUAAUAAAUUUGAUCAUUUUAAUGAGAUGGGUGGGUUGGAGAUGCAUCUACAGCUGCCUUGUUGAAUUCUUACAUUUUAUCCAAAUUUUUUGUUGUACUAAAUUUGUAUACACACACUCUACAUGCAUUUUAGAGUCUGUACGUUUCUGUGUGGAUGAAAAUUGGUGUAGAGUGCAUUGUAAAGACAGCUGGAGAUGUACCAUGCCCUCUUUUAUGGUGCUUUUCCACUGCAUGGUACGGCACGGUACGGUUUGGUAUGGUUCAGUUUUGGGGGGUUUUCCACUGGGUACAGUACCUGGUACCUGGUACUUUUUUUCAGUGCCACCACGGCUGAGGUUCCAAGCGAACCGUACCGUUACCAAAACGUGACAUGUAAACUCUGCUGAUCACGGAUUAGCCGGAGAAAAUUGUUACUGGCUGUGUAAUUGAACUUGCGACACGAGACACAAAAGACCCGCUAGAUUUAAAUCAGCACAGCCAGUGCAACUGUUUUGAAUGAGCGCACCUUUUUUUUUAACAACCCAAAAACGGCUGUUUCGUUGUCUGUUAAGGAAGUACAGACGUUCCUCUCGUUGAUAGCCGAGGAGCGGAUCCAGCGAGAGCUUGAUGGGGCGAUGCGGAAUGAAAAAGUUUUUCAGGAGUCACAGCAGUAGAGGUGGCACAACUAUAAUGACGCGAAUAAUCCCGCCCACUGCAGUGGAAACACAAACCGAGCCAUGCCGAGCCGAGUCGUACCAUGCAGUGGAAAAGCACCAUUAGUGUUUGCUUGUUUUUCAUUUUAACAAAUCAGUUGGGGUCCUUUUCUGAUAUCUGCCCUAACCCAAAUGAGAAGUAGAGGCAGGGGGCUGACAAGACUGUGAAUUUUUGUAAUUUUUUUUUUCUUUAUUAGUAUGUGUGUUGUCUAAGCAUCUUCCCAAAAAUAGUUUGGCGCAAAAAAACAGUAUUUUCUUUUUUUUAUCGCCAUUAAUGGCAUCUAACAGAAUUCACACCCAUCAAAAGGUGUUCUUUAUCUUUAUCUAACCUUCAGAUAUUAUUUCAUAAGGCUGUGAAAAAAGGUUGAAAAAAGAAGCAUAACUCGCAGGGAAAGGGGGAGCUUACUAAAUUGGGGUAUAUGUGUGUGCGUGUGUGUGUGUGUGUGUCUGUGUAAGCACACUUGUUUGCAUAUUUGUAAAGAAGACAUAAUCAGAGAUAUAAUAGUAGAGAUGUCUAGAUGCUUACUUCUAGCCCAUCAGAGCCUUAAUUGAAGUAAACAGGUUUUCGGAGUUCCUCAGGGUUCGAUACUGGGACCCCUAUUUUUUUUUUGAGGCACACUGAAAAUCCCUAUUUGCACCUAGUUCACAGUGACAAAACAUGUCUUAACAGCUCCUGCCCUGAUAUGCAUGAUAUGCAAAACUACCCCCCCAAAUGCUGUUGAUGUUACUUGACAUUAGUGUCAAGAAAAUGUUGGGCACAGUCCACAUAAAUCUAAGGAGAGGGUAUCUUUGACACAUUUCUUCCCUCUAGCUAGCACUCAUAACCAUGGUCAUAAUUUCAAUUGCUAGCAGCCGAUUAAGUGCGUAUCAAGCCUUUUUUCAGAAGCAACGCUUGUUCGAUUCCAGCCUUUGAGAGUUAAGUGCAUGUCUGCAGCAGCUGCACGACCUUCAGAGAGCAAUGCAUUCGUAAGAUUUUGUAUCGUUCUCUCGCUUCAACUCAAAAAUGUUACUAAGCACAUCUUUCUAGAAGAGUAUAUGCAUUUGAUUGCGAUCCUUUCUUUUUUUUUUGAACUGUUCAUAGACAUACAGACAAUGAAUAAUUAAAAGAGUUAAUGUACAUACUGUAUAUAAUCUACAAAGUUCUUGAAUAAAUGUAACGGGUGGAUUUCUAUUUUUAACACUGACUAGAUAAUGUGAAAUACUCGUUUUCUCUUUAUUUUUGUUUCUUUGAAAUGUAAUUUUUUCUUUCUUUUUUUUAAUCCCUUGAAAUGAGUCCCCUAUGUGUUGUACACCCCAAAAGUGUUGCAUGGAGAGUAGUUUUUUUUUUCUUUAUUUUGUGAAGUCGGUGAGCAUGUCAAAGCGUUGAUGCCCUGACAGACGUGGCCUAUAAGCACUGAUAAUCCACAUGAAAUCUAUGAAACCAUGGCCAUUCGUUGCACAUGCAUGGCCUAUUUCCAAUUAGUACAAGACAUGUUGGUAAAACACAUAUCUUCAUAUCAUCCUAAAUUGACAUUAUUCUAUUCCAAGUUGGAGUAACAUUAGGAGUCGGCCCCUUAUCAAUGUUUAAGUGCCCACGACUGAAAUUUGUGACAUCCUCGUCUAUCUGAGCACGUUUGCAUUCAUCACUUGUAUCUGAUUUGUUUAAAAUAGUGUUCUCGAAUCAUGAAAGAGUUUGGGUUUCGUGUGAGUGUAUGUGUGCAAGUGUGAUUAUCAUUAAAUUCUCUUUUAAACUUUCAGAAUCAUAGGUAUUUUAUAUUGAAUGCAGUAACUUAUGGGCCAGUACUAUAUUACUCAGUGCAAUGCAGUUAUCAUUAUAACAAAACAAGUAAUUAAUGUUAUUUCUUUUGUAUUUGUACAGAACAAGUGUGUAAAGAUCAGCGAGGAAAACGCGAGCUUUUUGAUACUGUGAGAAAUGGUGUUAAAAGUCAGUUUCCCCUGUACAGUUGUGAUUACCCACUCCUUUUAUAGAAUAAAAUGUUUUUGGUGCAACGAGAUGUGUUGUCUAUUCUAAUUCAGGUACAUUUUAUUUUGUCUAAUUGUUUUGUAACUGAUAAAAAAAAAGAUCAUUAUCCUAGUAGAAUGUGUUCUAGCAUCAACUUUUUUGACAUGAAUAUUCUUACAGGAAUAUAGAUAAAAUCACGUCACUCACGCUGGUAAUAACCUCAUUAUAGAGUUUACGUUCUCAUUUUGUUUGU